GCUAUCUUGCAUCUGAAAUAAUUUGUGUUUUGUUACUCAGAAUACUCAAUUUUUUAAUACUCAUGAUGUCUGAAGAGAAAUCUGACAAAAAAAGACCUCGUAGAAGUUUAUCAAUCAGCAAAAUGAAAAAUAAAGGAUCUAAUUCUAUUAUUUCAUAUUUUAAGAAUGCACCACCUGCUAAGCUUGCCUGCCCCGUUUGCAGUAAAAUGGUACCAAGAUAUGACUUAAACAGGCAUCUUGAUGAAAUGUGUGCUAACAAGGAUGGUGUCAUUCAUAUUGACCCAGUUUAUGUUGACUUAACUGAUGCAAAUGUGUCCACAAUGGAUUUAACCAAUAUUGCCUUAGAGGAUGUAACACCAAAGAAGUCAUUACCACUCAAGAGAAGUUUAACUCCUGGCCCAAGUGAUUCAGCAAAAAAGAUCAUAAAAUACCAGACCAGUCCCUACUUUAAAAGUAAUGAUAAUUCUAUGUACAGAAAUCAAGAUGACCUGAGAAAUCAUAACGUGAAAGUCAUUCCUCUGGGAAGCCUGUCAUCCAAAUUGUCUAGAAAAUACACAAAGGCUAAAAAAGCAAUAGAUAAGAAUGAGGAGUUUGGGGAUCAUAGAGUUACAAAUCCACAGAGUUCCCUAUCCACAGUGGUUAAGAGCUUGGUGGACAACUAUUCAGAGAUUGAGAACAAGGAUCAAAUUUUGGAGAACUCUUCUCAAAAGGAAAACGUUUUUGGGUGUGACUCUUUUAAAGACGAGAAUGUGUGUGAACAUACAGGCAGUACAGUAAUAGAGGCUGACAGCCAGAAGGCUACCCAAGAAUGUGGGGAAUCAGCCCUUACCCCUGGCUUCUCAGAUAAUGCUCUUGUAUUAUUUUCACCAGAUUUAACUCUUGGGAAUAAAUUAAGGUCAACUUCACAAGACAAUUUUGAAAAGCAGGAGAGGAUCAAAGAAGUAGUUGGUAAAGGUGGUAAAAAAUGUGAGGCAGAUAGUUGUAAAGAAAUAAAAAUGACUGUUGCUACAGAAACUAAAACACAGUUGUCAAAUUUGGAAGCAAAAUCUCAUAGUUCUGCAAAUGAUGCUUGUAAGUGGAGUAACAUCCAAGCACUUUCUCUGGAAGGUGACAGGGUUUUACAGAAUGAAAUCCUUCACAGCUUUCCUUUGAAGCAGGGGCCAAGCAGUGAUGUCCCUGAUACAAAAACUCAAGUACCAAUAAGUCAUCCUUACUACCUUCGGAGUUUCCUUGUGGUGCUGAAAGCUGUACUUGAGAAUGAAGAUGAUAUGACGCUCUUUGAUGAACAUGAGAAGGGAAUUGUAACUCAAUUUUAUCACUUAUCAGCUAAUAGUCAGAAGUUAUAUGUACGACUUUUUCAACGUAAAUUUAACUGGAUUAAAAUGAGCAAAUUAGAAUAUGAAGAGAUUGCCUCAGAUUUAACACCUGUAAUUAAAGAAUUGAAGGAAGCAGGCUUUCUACAGACAGAAUCUGAAUUGCAAGAACUCUCUGAGGUGCUUGAGCUACUUUCUGCUCCUGAACUAAAAACCCUGGCAAAGAUCUUCCACUUGGUGAAUCCCAAUGGGCAGAAGCAGCAGUUGGUGGAUUCCUUUCUCAAAUUGGCCAAACAGCGUUCAGUCUUCACCUGGGACAAGAAUCACCCUGGAAUUGGAGCAGUAAUUUUAAAAAGAGCUAAAGACUUGGCUGGCCAAUCCCUAAGAGUCAGUAAAGGCCCCAGGGCUGUGUUUUCUCGGAUCUUGCUACUAUUUUCAUUGACUGACACAAUGGAAGAUGAAGAAGCUGCAUGUGGUGGACAGGGACAACUUUCUACUGUACUACUGGUCAACCUUGGCCGAAUGGAAUUUCCUAGUUACACCAUCAAUCGGAAAACCAAAAUCUUCCAAGAUAGAGAAGAUCUCAUCAGGUAUGCAGCGGCUGUGCACAUGCUGAGUGACAUUUCUACUGCAAUGGCAAAUGGGGACUGGGAUGAAGCCUGGAAGCUUGCACAGCAUGCACGGAAGGAUUGGAACCAACUGAAGAACCACCCUUCCCUGAGAUACCAUGAGGAUUUACCACUCUUUCUGCGGUGUUUUACUGUUGGGUGGAUUUAUACAAGGAUUUUGUCACGAGCCGUUGAAAUAUUGCAGAGGCUUCAUAUGUAUGAGGAAGCAGUCAAGGAACUUGAAAACCUUUUGUCUCAAAAGAUUUAUUGUCCUGAGAGCAGAGGGCGAUGGUGGGAUAGACUGGCGCUUAACUUACACCAGCAUCUGAAAUGCCUUAAACCGGCUAUUAAGUGCAUCACAGAAGGACUGGCAGAUCCGGAUGUAAGAACAGGACAUCGGCUCUCGCUUUGUCAGAGAGCCGUGCGGCUGAGAGAGUCUCCAAGCUGUAAAAAGUACAGCCACCUCUUCCAUAAAGUGCCAGAAAUUACUGUGGGAGAUGUGAAACAUGUGACCAUCACUGGGAAGAUAUGCCCACAAAGUGGCCUGGGGAAGUCCGUGUUUGUGAUGGAGGCUGAGGAGGCUGGCACUCUCACCACCAUGCUGUGUUCAGUUGAGGAGCUGGCACUGGCCCAUUACAGAUCCAAUGGCUUUGACCAGGGAAUUCAUGGGGAAGGGUCCACCUUCAGUACACUGUAUGGCCUCCUCUUGUGGGACAUCAUCUUCAUGGAUGGGAUUCCAGAUGUCUUCAGGAAUGCCUACCAGGCCUUCCCACUGGAUUUGUAUACAGACAGCUUCUUUGCAAGCAGGCAGCCAGCCAUCGAGGCCAGACUGCAGCUCAUCCAUGCUGCUCCUGCUGAGACCCUAUGUGCCUGGCUGGCAGCUGCGUGGCAGGCUCAGGAAGGCAGAAUGGCUUCCGUAGUGAGCUGGGACCUCUUUGCUUCUCUUCAGCAAGCUCAGGAUCUUGUCUCCUGCUUGGGUGGCCCUGUUCUCAGCGGUGUGUGCAGGUGCCUGGCUGCUGACUUCCGUCACUGCCGAGGUGGCCUCCCUGAUCUGGUUGUGUGGAACUCCCAGAAUCAUCACUUUAAGCUGGUAGAAGUUAAAGGCCCCAAUGAUCGUCUCUCACAGAAGCAAAUGAUCUGGUUGGAUGAACUGCAGAAGUUGGGGGCUGAAGUAGAAGUCUGCCAUGUGAUUGCUGUUGGAGCUAGGAGCAGAGGCCUCAGCUAA